UCUGGUAGAAGCCGACGACAAUCUCCGAGCUGGCAAGAUUCCCUCUCUGUCCUUGUUGCUUUGGUUCUCUUAACUUUCCCUUCCUCUCGAGCUUGUCCCUUCAUUUUCUCUCUCUUUCUAAACCCUAGAAGGUUAAAAAAACGGUGGAGGAUUUUCUCGGGAAACGAUCACUUCACUGUUUCCAUCACCAUCUCUGCCUCAUGCGUCUCCUUGCUCUCUCCUCAACUACCUUCCAAAGUUCCUAUCUUUUCAUUUAAAAUCUCCUUAAUUUGAUUAUUCUUCCCCAAUUUCAAACCUGGCUUUCUUUUUUUUUUAAAUAGGUAAUCUUUUUUUUCUUCUUCUUUCGGUUAGGCUGAUGGGUUGUACGAGCUCGAAGCUCGACGAUCUGCCGGCGGUGGCGCUAUGCCGAGACCGGUGCGCGUUCUUGGAGUCGGCGAUCCAGCAACGCUACGCUCUCGCCGAGUCCCACAUGGCCUACACCCACUCCCUCCGGGGCAUCGGCCCCUCCCUUCACCACUUCAUCACCCACCACCACCGUCUCGCCGCUACCUCCGGGACCCUCCCGCCGCAGAGAAAGGGCGACCCGGAAGAAGACGGCGGUGGCGGUGGCGGUGACGAUUCUCCGAAGAAAGAGAAGUUACCUGUUCAUCAUCGAUUUCGCCCCUCUCACUCGGAUUCGGGUUCGGGUCAUCUCGAAUUCGAUUCGGAUUCUGAUGAGGAAGACGAAGAAGACGAUGAUUUGGGUUCACUGCAUCAUCAUAACUCCGAUCAUUCAUCUCCUCUCCAUCAUCAUCACCAGCACCAUCUCGGCGAGGGUUCUGCUCCAAUCGGGUACAUGGACCCGGGUCUUUCCCGAUACCCGAACCCGGGAAUGAUGGGUCCUCCCGCUCCUUACCCUGGCGGCGGGUUUGUGCACAUGAACUACAUGAAGAACAAAGCCACGCCUCCAUCGGUGGUGUAUGAGCAGAGACCCAUGAACCCUCAGAGAGUUUACAUGGGCGAAUCAUCAUCGUCUUCAACCUCUGGUUAUUAUCCUUACCCUUACCCUCCCAAUUCGAAUCCCUCGAAUUUCCCCUAUUUCUCUUACCCGAAUUACCCCGCCGCACCCGGACCCGGAUUCUACGGUUCUUCUUCCCCGCCGCGGUAUGGGUCUUCGCCGCCGAGUGGUGCCUCUUCUUCGAAGCCACCUCCGCCCCCGCCAUCGCCGCCGAGGCCUUCGGCUUGGGAAUUCUUGAACCCGUUCGAUACGUUUGUCUGCAUUCCUGAUUUGGAAGAGGAUUUUCAGCACGAGGUUGUGAAGGAAAUGCACGGAGAUCAGACAUUCGUGCCCCCGAAGCCCGCCGUCAACGACGCGGAGGAUUCCGGCAAAGACGGCGGCGGAACUAGCGGCGUAGGAGGUGUUGGUGAGGCCUCUCUCUAUCAGUCGAGACCGAGCGUGUCGGUGGAGAACCGGGGGAUGGAGUACGAGGUACAUGUAGUGGAGAAAAACGUUGUAGAGGAUGCUGGUCGGAAUGAGGAGAGGCGGAGCAAUGCGGCGGCGCGUGGAGGGGGAGGCGAAGGAGGGGGUGGUCCACGUGCGGUGCCUGAGGUUGCGAAAGAGAUAGAGGUUCAGUUCGUGAGAGCUGCAGAGUCCGGGAGUGAGAUUGCCAAAAUGCUCGAAGUGGGCAAGCAUCCUUACGGUCAAAAACACGGAUCCAAGAUGUUACACGGUGUCACUCCAUCGCGAUCUGUGGUAUCAUCUCAACCCUCUACCUCCACCAGAAGCUCAGAACCUUCUUCUUCUUCAGCUGGGCCGACGUAUGCAGAAAUCGAGGAAGAGAUUGCUUCUAGGUCACGAAAUCUUUCAUCGACACUGCACAAGCUCCACCUCUGGGAGAAGAAGCUUUACCAUGAAGUCAAGGCCGAGGAAAAGUUGCGUGUAGCCCACGAGAGAAAGUUGAGGAAGCUGAAGCGGCUGGACGAAAGAGGAGCCGAGGCUCAUAAAGUAGAUUCGACACGAACCUUGGUUAGGAGUUUGUCCACGAAAAUACGGAUUGCCAUUCAGGUGGUUGACAAAAUAUCAGUGACCAUUAACAUGAUAAGAGACGAGGAGCUAUGGCCACAGCUGAAUGAAUUGAUCCAAGGGCUUACCAGAAUGUGGAAAUCGAUGCUUGAAUGCCAUCAAAGCCAAUGCCGAGCUAUCAGGGAAGCAAGAGGGUUAGGCCCGAUUAAAUCCGGCAAGAAACUCGUCGAUGAUCAUCUCGAGGCUACGAGGAUGCUCGGACACGAACUGAUUAACUGGAUAUUGGGAUUCUCGAGCUGGGUCAGCGCGCAGAAGGGCUAUGUAAAAGCCUUGAAUAAUUGGCUUCUGAAGUGUCUUCUCUAUGAACCCGAGGAAACGGCCGAUGGAAUCGCUCCUUUUUCGCCCGGUCGAAUAGGGGCUCCCCCGAUUUUCGUAAUCUGUAACCAGUGGUCGCAAGCUUUGGAUAGAAUAUCCGAGAAGGAAGUUAUCGAGGCUAUGCGCAGUUUCACAACGAGCGUGCUUCAGCUCUGGGAGCAAGACAGGCUCGAUAUUCACGAGAGGAUGUCGGAAAAUGGGGAUUCGGACAAGAAAGUUAGGAACUUGGACCGAGAGGAACAGAAGAUACAGAGAGAGAUCCAAGCUUUGGAAAAGAAAAUGGUCCUCGUGGCUCCCAGCCAUGGCAGUAAUGACCUCUCAGUAUCGGGUAACGCAGUCUACCGAAGCGAAACGGGCAACGACAGUUUGCAGGGAAGUCUCCGACGGAUUUUCGAAGCUAUGGAGAACUUCACGGCCGAAUCCACGAGGGCUUACGAGGAUCUCUUGCAACGCGCCGAAGAAGAGAAUGUCUCACGAGACUGAUAAUAACAAGCACAGAAGAAGAGAUCGAACAAGGAAUAUUCACUGGUCGUAUGGACAUGAACCUAUACCGGGGUUCUCGAAGAUAUGCUCGAACAGGAUGAUCAUCUACGUCCAGUGUUUGAAGAAGGUAUUAUACGUAGAAAGAUAAACAUAUACGUAUACAGAUACCGUAUUUUUCAAGCUCCGGUUCGGAUCAAGAUACGACUCCAGAGACCGCGAACUGGGACGAGGGAGACGAGCUCGACUUUCAGGUUGCAUAUCAUCGUUCGAAAGGGCAAAUAUUUUGGCCAUCGAAAUGAGUGUGUAUAUGUAUGUAUGUAUGUAUGUAUGUAUGUACGUAUAUAUGUACUGAAAACCUCGUCCAUGUACGUAUCUGUCUUCGACAAUUUUUAUUUGCUCGGUGUACAUAAUAAAGAUUCGGAAUUGAUUUUCCUCGCA